UGCACACAUAACACAGUGACUGUCAAAUCAAGAAGUGAGACGAGACUGCAGACGUGCCGCCGAUCAGGUCAUGAUUUUGAGACACUUGCGAGGCGCUUUUGCCCACGUUUUUCGACAGUAUCGCAGCCAAGUCAAUGCGGCAAAAAAUAUCCCGGCCCUAUUCUCGGCCUUUCUUGGUGCUGGCCGAAAUAAGAAUUUGCUGCUCUGGAUUCCGACUGUGACAACGGUGCACACUUUCAGCUGGUCGAGGCAGCAGUCCAACGAGCCAAAUAUUAAGGCACUCGACGAACUCUUCGACCAGAAUAAAUUCGAGGAAAUCUGCCAACGACUUGCUCCACACAAAGACGGAGACAAUGUGGAAUUCCUCUGGAGGUACGCCAGGGCCCUGUACAAGCGUUCGAAGGUGGCUGCAAACGAAACCGAUAAGAAGAACCUGGUGUAUGAGGCUUUUGCGGUAGUCGAGAGGGCGUUGCAGCGAGGCGCAAAGGUCUCCCCGGUGCACAAGUGGUACAGCAUCUUGCUCGACGCCAAGAGCCACUUUGAGGGCACCAAAGCCAGAAUCACCGUCACUGAAAAAGUCAAGGAGCACAUGCUUAAAGCCGUGGAGCUCGAUCCAAAAGACUCAACAACGCUGUACAUGCUUGGCCUGUGGUGCUACGAAGUGACAGUCCUGCCCUGGUACCAAAGGAAAAUCGCCUCAACCAUUUUUGCCAAGCCCCCUGAUUCCUCGUACGAGGAGGCCCUUUCGUUCUGCGAGCGAGCAGAGAAAAUAUCUCCAAACUUUUACAGCCUGAAUCUCCUUCUCAUUGGCAAGAUAUACGACAAACUAGGCCAGAAGGACAAGGCUGUUGAAUUUUUGAAAAGAGCUAGAGACUAUAUUCCGCUGACUGAUGAUGAUAUUAAUGCCACUAAGGAAGCCAAGGAGAUCCUCACCAGCAUGGGAGUGAAAAACUGAAGAGACAAUCUAUAAAGUUUAAAUAAAUCUGCAUGUGAUGUUUUAUGUGCUAGAAAGAACCAAGAAGCUGCUGCACUUAGCCAAAGGACCACGUUCAAAAUCAAUCAAUCAAUCAAUCAAUCUCCCAAUUUAAUUCCUCAGACGCACACCACACACAAACCAUUACCGCAACCAGUUUGUUCUGAAGGUGUGUAUAGCUAACGUAUAGAGAUAUUUUAAAUGUAUUUGGGAGACGGAAGAAAUCACAGUUUAUAGAGAAAUUGGUGCCAGAUUCGCGUCAGAUCAGGAAUUGGGCGGCCUUUUGCUCCCUGUAAAAGUGUCACGAGUGUUUUUCCACUCUGAAACGCUAAUUUUAACACAGUAUUUUCGGAGGUUUAAUUCCGUAAGCGCUGAACCCCAGGAGACGCCGUACUUGCGCGAAUCUGGUUACCACGGUUAUAGUUUAUAAAUUUAUAAUAAUUAGUAGAGAUCAGGUUGAUGUCUGUGUUUGGAACCUUGAGACAGGACUUCAUUAUUUUUUGCUCUAUUUUUUGUUGGUUCUUGGGAAUUUUAUUUCAUUAAACAAUUAAAUUAUAUUGUUCUCUAACUAUAUAAGCUCUGCAAAAGACUCUUAUAGUUUUACACAAAUCCGUUGCUAAAAUGAAUUUUUAGCUGUUUUUAUAAAAGCUCUUAAAAAUUUUGUUGUAAAGUUAAAAUUACGCAUCGCUCAACAAACAAACAACCAAAUUUUCCCUGUUGGUUUGAAUGUUGCCCUUUCCUUGCAAUUAGGAAAUUCGUGAUUUUUUUCAGUUAUGCGCAUUUUUCCGCUACCUAGACAAAUUCAAAGUUUUAAUUUGGUCCUCAGAAUGAGUUAAAGAAAAAUCGCAUCUCUGAGCGACAAUUGUAACCAGAUAACCUGACUAAAACAGCUAUAAUUUAUUUAUCUUUAAUUCCCAAAUUAAGAAACAGUUCCAAAUUUUUAUUAUUUAUUGAGUAGGCAGACUGAUUAGAAGGCUCAAAAGGUGCCAUAAACUCUAUUUAGAUGAGAUGGAAGUGUUUUUUUUUAAAGAGUGACUGCAAGCCCCUGCAAAAUCCUCGUCAACCAUAAAAAACCCUAACUAAAAAAUUGACACUAAAUUUUUAAGCAAAUUUUCUGUAAUGUUAGCAUAUUAUUUUCUGAAUGGUGAGGCCUGUCUCUGCACUUGAAUUCUUAUUUUAUUUCCCAAAAAAGUGGCAAACAGUUGGAAUGAAAUAAAUGGAAAUCAUAGCCAAGAAAAUAAUAUAGCCAACAAUUUUAAUUGAUGAAUUUGUUCUAUUGUUACCCUGUUUACCACUUUAAGUUGGUUUUAGUUUAUUUUGUUUGCACGUAACAAUCGAUUGUCUCAAGUUCCAAACCUUGUUGAUUCCUUGUUGCUCGCAGUUAUAAUUAAUUGUUGAUUUAUUUGAGUUGUUAAAAUGGUGAUUUUAAAAUAAGCUCUCUUAAAUUCAAGCCAAUCUUGUGAAUCUAUUUUAAUUAGUUUUAAUACUAUUUUGGGAGGUGAAAGUGGAAAAUUCAAUUAUUUGGUGAUUUUUUUUGUAGGACUGAAGAACUUUUUAUGCUUUCUUUAUCAAGACAUGUUUUUAAUUUUCAUGACCAGUUCGAUCAAACCUUAAUUAUUGUGUUAAGUUUUAUUAAUGUUUUAUUUUGAAGUCUGUAUUUGCCGCGAAUCAUCUAUUUAAUAAAAGCAUAACAAUGAUGUAUGUCCGGAGAACACCCACAAAA